AUGGCGGGCGUGCUGCAGACAGUGCUGCCGGUCUACUUCGAUUUCCGGAUCUCUGUUGCCCAAACAAAACCGGUAGACAAGGACGACAAGCAGUCUAUUCAAGAAUCUAAGAACGAUUUCACGCUCAAGCUGUUCUGUGACCAAACUGAAGUCAGUGUGCAAACAGACGACCUGGAAACACUUCAGGGGCUGCUCAGGGAACUCAGGAGGAGCCAUCUUAUUGCACAGGACGACAACUUCUACGCUGGUGGAAGCAGCCAUCGUUGGAUUCAGUACUACACAACAACUGAGGACGACCAAAAGGAUGCUGAACAGACAUCAGGGUCGAUCUUGACGAUGGACGAAUUUAUUGCGUCGACCAAGAACCCCUUGGCCAAAUAUUUCCUUCAAUCGGAGGAAAAUCAGCCAAGCCUGCCAUCUGCAGGGCCUAGACUGGAUCUGGGGACGGUCAAGGAAAAUUGGGUCGAAAAGGAGAUGCGCGCUAGGGAAAACGAUUUCACUGAAUAUGGCUUCAUGCAUGCGUUCGUGGGCACAUGGAAUGUUAAUGGCAGAAACGCUCCAGAGAAGCUGGAUUCUUGGCUAAAAGUCGAGGGUGAAGUCCAACCCGAUAUAUACGUGCUCUGCUUUCAGGAGCUUGAUUUGAGUGCUGAGGCGUACAUUGUACUGGAUGGAUCGAAGGAGGAAGAGUGGACUAGGGCCAUUGCCGAGAGCCUCGGAAGCGGCUAUCAAAAGGUCAUGUCGAAGCAGCUGAUUGGACUUUUGAUUGUCAUGUAUGUGGCGAAGGACCAUGCAAAGUACAUCAGGGAGGUUACCGCUCACUCUGCGGGUGUCGGCAUCAUGGGCAUGCUCGGAAACAAAGGCGGUGUGUCGAUACGUAUUCGAUACAAGGACUCGUACUUCUGUUUUGUCGACUCUCACCUCGCAGCAGACACCAACCAGAUCGACCGAAGGAACCAGGAUUACCAGGAGAUCUGUCGUAGGCUCACUUUCCCCUCGGCGAGCCCAUACGACAUUACGAAGAGCCCGGCAGGAAAUGCCGCCCUUGGUGUUGCCAACAAAAUGGUCUCAGUUUUCGACUGCGACCAUACCAUCUGGGCAGGAGAUUUGAACUAUCGCCUUGGGCUCCCCGAAGACCAAGUCAAGAACCACUUAAAGACUAACGACUAUGAGGCGCUCAUGAAACACGAUCAGUUGACGGCGCAGAGGUCACUGCUAAAGGCGUUUUCGGAUUUCGAGGAACAUCCCAUCUACUUUCACCCAACCUACAAGUACGAUGUCGGCACCAGCACAUGGGAUUCCAGCGAGAAGCGUCGUGUACCCGCAUAUACGGAUCGCAUUCUAUGGCGCACCAAGGAUUCGGCAAAAGACAGUGCCGAGGCGUUGUUUUACAGGUCCCAUAUGGAUAUGACAAUCAGCGACCACAAACCUGUCAGCGCAUACUUCAAGCUCAAGGUCAAGACGCUCCUGCAUGCCAAGCAGGCAGAGGUGCAUCAAGCGAUCGUCAGGGAACUGGACAAGUACGAGAAUGAGUGUAUGCCCGACGCCACGAUCUCUUCGUCCAACAUUGUUUUUGAGGAAGUUCGAUAUCUCGAACCUAAGAAGACAUCGAUCGUGAUUAAGAACACAGGACAGUUCCCGGCACAGUACCGAUUCAAGCCCAAGCUGCAGGAUGAGCGAUUCUGUAAACCGUGGACAUGGGCGAACCCGCCUGUCGGGAUGAUUAUGCCUGGCGAGAGCGCGAAGUUGCAUAUCACGGUGAUGGUGGAUAACGAAUCGGCGCCACUGCUCAACACUGGCAAGGAAAAGAUGGACGAUAUUCUGAUUCUGCAUCUGGAGCAUGGCAAAGACUACUUCAUCUCUGUCUCGGGAUCGUAUGUUCGCACCUGCUUUGGCAACUCUUUAGAAUGGCUCUCGCGACUGGACCGACCUAUUCGACUCUGGAAUCCAGAGGAGGAUGAGGAUGAGGAUGAGGACGACACGGCAACGCUGUAUGAUCCGUAUAGCGUCCUUGGAACAAAAUCGUCGAUGGGCAGCAUCAAGGACUCGGCAGCCAUGUCUGCCAAUAGUGGAUCAGCCAAGCAGGUCAAGAACGCAAAGUCGCUGGAUUCCUUGUCUGAUAAGAAUUCGAUCGGACGCAAGAAUAAUAUUGAGACGGUGUUGGCGAACACUCAAAUUUCGGAUGAGAAGGCUUCAGUGCCAGUGAAGAAGCAGAAGCCGGCAAGACAGUUGAGUUUGCCAAAGGAUCUGUGGCGGAUCGUUGAUUUCAUCUACAAGUACGGGUUCUCUGUGGAUAAUCUGUUCUUGCUUUCGGGAGAUCAGUCGACAAUGUCGUAUAUCCGUGAAUGUUUGGACACGGGCGAAGAAUUCGACUUGAGGCGACUUUUGGGCAAACCCGCUCAACAGGAUACCGAGGCCGGAGCUGCAGAAAUCAAAUCUGAUAACGCCGCUACAUCUAAACAGCUGCCACAACAGAACACGCCUAAGGACAAGGCGAAACUAUCUAACAAAGACGGCAAGGACACAGACACGCAAAACGAAAAGGACGCUACACAUCCUGUUGUUUCAUCGUCAUUGACUUUACCCCCUCGAGGAUCUCCGUCAGACCUCAAACCCCAGAUCGCGCGUCCAGUUUCGAUUAUGAACGGCAUCCCACCCAAGGCUGCGACAUUCGGAUUGGGUGAAAAUCGCGGGGUCCAUUCCAUGGCUGAAGUUCUCUUAAGGUUCCUGGAAUCUCUCCGCGAACCCGUAGUUCCGACAGAGAUGUACUACCGAGCUCUUGAGGUUGCAGGGCACCAGCAGGCCGCAUAUGGACUCUUGGAUCUCAUGCCCCCGGUGCAUGUGAACGUGUUUGUGUAUAUCACCAGCUUUUUGAGGGAACUGAUCUUGGUUGGUGGAAAUCAUUUAGGUGGUUCUCAGGAUGCUGAUGAUGGCGCCAAGGAGGGUACUUCUGUCAUAGCAGGCAGCAAUAACACCGGCAGCAACAAUGUUAGUAUUGGCUCGGGUGCAAACAGCAGCAAUAACAGGGUGUUGCAGAGCAAUUCAGGAUCGAUCUAUAACGGGGCCGAGCCUCCGAGCGGCGGAGUCCGUGCAAAGAGAGAUGACGAGGAUUUUAGGGUUGCCAAGCUAGCUUCAGUAUUCUCCUCGGUGAUGCUCCGCCCUCCACCUGGUGCAGAACGUCUGUCGGAGAUCGAGGCCCUGAAGCGAAAGACGUUUUUGAUGCAGUUCCUCCAAGAGCCCGCGGAAGAAGAAGGGUUGGGAGGACCUGGAGGACUGGGUGGACCGCCACCUCCGAGUUCUGCAGCAACAGCAACAGCAGUUCUUCCGCCCGCUUUAUCGAUGCCAGGCUCUUUUGCAGUCAAUGCUUCAGUAACAGGUCCGACACAUGCCGCACAGUCUGAGAACACAGAGGAGGAUUCAUGA